AAACCCUAGCUCUCUCGACGGGAUUUAUUCUUGGCAAAGUGUAGAAUUAGGGUUCAAGGAUGCAAAAUAAGGAAAAAGUUGGGACCUUUUAGCAAAUAAGGCGAAACCUUCCUGAACAUAAAGUGAAGAGCUGAGACAUGGAAGCAGCAGCAGAUAAUAGGAUAGGAACAUUCCAUACUAUUGCCGAGGAUACUGCAUUCUGUGUGUUAUUGAUAGUUCUUCUCUUCCUUGAAUUCUGAAAUUCCUGUACUGCAAAUGGCAGAGCUUUUGCAGCACCCUUACGGCAAAUUCAACUUUAACUCAAAUCAAUUUAAAUGCCAGAAGAGUCACUCACACAAAAAGACCUAGUUGGAGACCUUACCUGUGUGAGCUAACUGAAGAUAACCACCAGACCGUGGUUAAGAACAGGAAGGAUUCGAUUGAUAUGUGCUGUGUUGUGAAUGGGAUGUGGCAGAUAAGUGGUAGAUGGGGUAGAAUUGACAGAGAAGAUGCUAUUGAUGACAUGCUACGAUAUGCAGAUUCGGGAUUGAGCACCUUCGACUUAGCUGACAUAUAUGGGCCUGCUGAAGAUCUCUAUGGAAUCUUCAUCAAUCGUGUUCGCAAGGAACGCCCACCAGAGUACCUAGAAAAGGUCCGUGGUCUCACCAAAUGGGUGCCUCCCCCAGUUAAGAUGACCAGUGACUAUGUCAAGGAGGCUAUUAAUGUUUCAAGAAAGAGAAUGGAUGUGGCUUCCUUGGAUAUGCUUCAGUUUCACUGGUGGGAUUAUUCCAAUCCUGGUUACCUUGACGCGCUGAAGCACCUUACAGAUCUGAAAGAAGAAGGCAAAAUAAAAACUGUUGCUUUGACUAACUUCGACACAGAGAGAUUGCAGAUAAUCCUUGAGAAUGGAAUUCCCAUCGUAAGCAAUCAGGUGCAACAUUCAAUUGUCGACAUGCGUCCUCAACAGAAGAUGGCAGAGCUUUGUAUACUUAGUGGAGUUAAACUCAUAACAUAUGGUACUGUAAUGGGUGGUCUGUUGUCUGAGAAGUUUCUCGACACUAACUUGUCAAUACCUUUCGCUGGCCCUCCAUUAAACACUCCUUCUCUCCAGAAAUACAAAAGGAUGGUUGAUGCGUGGGGAGGAUGGAGCCAAUUUCAAGUUUUGCUUCAGACUCUUAAGAAAGUGGCUGACAAACAUGGGGUUACAAUCCCGACAGUUGCUGUGAGAUACAUACUUGACCAGCCAGCAGUAGCAGGAUCCAUGGUGGGCGUUAGACUCGGCCUGUCGGAGCAUAUUAAUGACUCAAAGAAAGUAUUCUCCCUAGUUCUUGAUGAGGAGGAUGUAAACAGUAUAAAGGAAGUUUCUGAAAGGGGAAGAGAUCUCCUUAAAGUGAUCGGUGAUUGUGGAGAUGAAUACAGGCGUGCUUGAGACUAUUACUAAUGCCUUGAAGCAUAUGUAAUUGCUCCAGAUGUUGUACUGGCUUUGUAGUAUAUUAUCUGAGAUCUUGUAUAUUCGCCAAAACAUACUGAGAUUUUGUCGAACCAUAUGACAAUUUUGUUCGUUCUUUAUGAGAGAGGUGUAAGGUUAGCUCGUGUUCCUGUUCUUGUGCUGACUGUUCCCAAGUCAAAACUCGCUCUCUUGCCAUUCCUUUCACCGACGCUGUAAACAUCGGAUUUAUAUGUUCCUCAUUUUGAUUCAAUAAUACAUUAAUCUUUUCCA